AUGCCUCUCAAGAAGUCAUACUCGGAACAUGUUGGUCUCCCAUCAAAGAACCGCUCGUGGCAGCGUUCGAAGAGCAAUCCAGUGAAUGCCCAAACAUCUCGACCUUUGGCACCCGUCUCCGACAAAACGAAAAGCAAGCUGAAUCAGUUCCAAUUCCAGACUGGAGUCAAGGCAGAGACUACCGAGCAAGAAAAUGGCACCGCAACGGAAGAUUGGGUUCGCAAAUCCCGAGACGAUAUCGCCAUCACCCCAUCGACGAAGCUGAGCUGGCACGACCUGAUGGCGUCGAACGCUCCCAAGGAAGAGAAAACACAAACGUCUCCGACCGAACGAAUCCUGUGGAACAAUGAGAGGGACAAGAACGACUUGAACUAUGCUGCUGCCCUUUCGCCAAUGAUGCAUAGAAAAGGCCGUAAACGGGCCAGGAGCUCGUCGCCCAUAUCAUCCCCAGCACAAAACGAAAAGCCUACCACGCCUGCUGUCAAUGUGAAGAAGCUCAGUGAGGCACUGAAAUCGCCACAUGCAGACCCGACCUUGGAACUCUGGGACCGAUUCUCCCUUAGCAGCAACGGAAAUGUUACGCCACUCGGUCUUACCAACCCCACGCUCGCCAACCUCAUGUUCUCUUCUUCACCACGGAACGUCAAGACGGCACCUGCACAGGCAGGUGACAGCAGCCUACGAAGGGCAAUCAGUUGCGGCCUCAACUGGCCAAAGAGGAGAAGGGUUGAACGCUCGGAUGCGCCCUCGUUCACUAGUACAUUGACACGGGAGACGACCGAUAGUUCAAAGAACUCACUCGUAACAGCUCUGCUGGACACUGUUACGGGAAGCAUGCAAGAAGAUAGCCCACCAGAGGAUUUCGAUCCGUUCAUCGACCAGGACAUGGAGUCACCGUCUCUUAAGAAGAGAAAGACCAACGCAUCGAGGCCGCCAUCGCUCUCACCGUCGAGGAAAACAACCCGAGCCCCAAACGUACAGCCUACUGGAAAUACUUCCGAUAUCGGUGUCGCUCAGGAUCUAGGGCUUCAACAGCAAACGAAAGCGGCUUCGGCGGAGUCUGACUACGGAGAUGUUGACUUCGACGACUUUGACGAGUUUGAUGAUGACACCUUCCUUGAGCUUGAGGCAAGCAUCAGUCUAUCAAACUCCAAACAAGAAGCGAGGCCAAGCACUCCCACUCCCGCACCUGUUUCUGUGCAACCCACCAAGCAGAGCAGUACUGGCUUGGAGGAUGAGUUCGGUGACUUGGAUGAUGAUAUUUUCGAGGCUGCCGAGGACAUUCUGGAAAGCGCAGUAGCGACAGCAUCCCAAUUGCCAGCAUCUGUAAAAUCACACCUUGGCUCAGCAAGCGUACCUGUCUCUAGACAAGACGACUUGGACGAUGCCUUUGGAGACGACUUUGGAGGAGACUUCGACUUCGAUGCGGCAGAGCUCGCUGCGACUCAAUCGGUCCAGCAGCCACAAGCCUCGCCGGCGGAAGCUACAAACCAAAAGCCCAAAGCUAUCCAGCGAUAUCUGGUGACCAAUGUCCUAGAAAACGAAUACACUGACGAGCGCGGGCUUUCUCGAUUAGAGAAGAUUCUCAUCAUUCAAGCGGAAGGUAGCAAGGCCAUGAAAACGAUCCACCUUCGAGGUGAUUGGUUCGAGACGCCGGCACACGCAAAGGCAUAUGUGCAUGUUAUCGGAACAUUCUCAGCCAGUGGCCAAUGCAUCAUUGAUGAUUCGCACAAUAUCUUGAUCCUACACCCUGAUCAGUUGGUAUCGGCAACCGUCGUGGCUGAUUCAUUCAGCUGCAUGCGCCGAGCAGUACUACAAGACCGCGUCAAAGCGACUAGCGAGGCUACUGCUCCCUUGGUGUACGGAACGAUGUUGCAUGAAAUCUUUCAGGAGGCGCUGAUGGCGAAUCAAUGGGAUCUUCGGUACCUCAGUGGUGUCAUUGACAGAGUCAUGGAGAAGCACAUCGAGGACCUGUAUAAGAUCAAACUCGAUGCUGUUGUCCUCGACCGCAAUGGCAAAAAGGCCAACAUGUGCGUCAGUAAACUGCUCGAUGUCGAGGAACAUGUUUGGUCGCCCAUGUACGGACUGAAGGGCAAUAUCGAUGCUACCGUCCAAGUCACAUUGAAGGACGGCAAGGAUAUCAAAACGCUGACAGUCCCAUUCGAAGUCAAAACGGGCAAACAUGCCAACAGCAAUCACAUGGCGCAGACUGCGCUCUAUAACCUGUUGCUUUCCGAUCGUUACGACUUGAACAUUGUUUAUGGCAUUCUCUACUACAUGGAAACAUCACAAACAAUGCGCAUUCCCACCAUCCGACACGAGCUACGCCAUAUGAUUAUGCAGCGAAAUCAACUAGCUUGUCACAUUCGAGAGCGGAGUGUUCAGCUGCCUCCUAUGAAGAGGAGCAAGAACAUGUGUGGAAAGUGCUAUGCGAAGACGUCUUGCUUCAUUUACCACAAGCUCGCCGACGACGGCGAUGGAGAGACGAGCGGCAUGGACAAGCAAUUCGACGAGGUUGUCAAGCACCUUACUCCAAAGCACCAAAAGUUCUUCCUCAAAUGGGAGAAUUUGUUGACGAAAGAGGAGAAAGAGACACAGAAGUUGAAAAGAGAACUCUGGACGAUGGUUAGCAAGGACCGAGAGAAAGUGGGAAGAUGCCAUUCCGACGUCAUCAUUGAAGAGGGCUCAACGUCUGAGGACUUGGGCACCUCCAAGAUCAACCGGUUCAACUACACGUUCGUGAAGCGAAUUGCGACUCCAGGCCAUUCUUUCCUGGAGUCACAGUUGAAUGUUGGAGAACCUAUAGUUGUUUCCGACGAACAGGGCCACUUUGCUCUCGCCUUGGGCUACGUUACUUCUGUUCGAAAACAGAGAAUCAGCGUAGCAGUUGACCGACGCCUACACAACGCCCGCAUCAAACAGCCUGGCUUUGACGAAAACGACAACCAGGUUUUUGCUAGCAUUAUGGAGGUCGCCCCUGAGGGCUGCACUGCGGAUCAAUCCCAGGGCAAGAUCAAGGAAGCGCCAAUCCGCUAUCGUCUUGAUAAGGACGAGUUCAGCAAUGGCAUGGCCACAGUCCGGAACAACCUUGUACAGACCAUGGCGGAAGGCGUCUUCGGGUCUCGAGAGAUCCGCCGCGCUGUGGUGGAUUUGGUACCCCCGAGGUUCAAAGCAGCACCUACGCAAUACGUUGUGGCCGAUCGGGAAUCUCUGAAUGUCGACCAGCAUCGAGCGAUCGAGAAGGUGAUGAGUGCACAAGACUAUGCGCUAGUUCUUGGCAUGCCUGGCACGGGGAAGACGACCACCAUUGCACACAUCAUUCGGGCCUUGGUCUCUCAGGGCAAAAGCGUCCUUCUUACUUCUUACACACACACUGCUGUCGACAACAUUCUCCUGAAGCUAAAGAACGACCAAACCCCGGUACUCAGACUUGGCGCUCCAGCCAAGGUUCACCCGGAAGUCCAGCAAUUUGCCAUCCUGGCUGGUCAGCCUAUGAACUCUUUUGAGCAGAUCAAGGAGGCGUGGCACGACACGCCCAUCGUUGCCACCACUUGUCUCGGUGUUGGCCAUGCUCUUUUCAACGAACGCACUUUCGACUACUGCAUUGUUGAUGAGGCCUCACAAAUCACGCUGCCUAUUUGCCUUGGACCGAUCAGGAUGGCGAAGACGUUUGUACUUGUUGGUGAUCACAAUCAGCUUCCUCCUCUAGUCCAAAAUGAAGAGGCCCGAGAAGGCGGGCUUGAUGUGAGCUUGUUCAAGCUUCUCUCCGACACCCAUCCGGAUUCGGUGGUCAACUUGGAGCACCAAUACCGUAUGUGCGAGGACAUCAUGACUCUCAGCAACACUUUGAUCUACAAAGGGAGACUGCGAUGUGGUACUGAGGAACUUCGGUUCAAGAAACUUGAUGUGCCCAACAUGGAUGCGCUAAAGAGCCUUCACUACGAUUCGGCAUCGAUGCUCAGACCAGGGACUCCGAAGUCUGUAUGCACUUCCAUCAACCAAAACUGCUGCUGGCUCCGAGACUUGCUGGACAGCGAGGCUCGAGUCAGGUUUGUCAACACUGAUACCAUUCAGCCCCUUACGAGAGAAGAGGCAAAGGGCAAUCGGAUUGUCAACCCGGCUGAAGCACGUAUCGUAGUUCAACUCGUCGAGGGCCUGCUUACAGUAGGUGUACCCGAUGGGGAGAUUGGAGUGAUGACGCACUACCGCUCUCAACUAUCUCUGCUUAAGCAUGGCCUUCGCGGACAUGUGGGCGUGGAAAUGCACACCGCCGAUCGAUUUCAAGGACGAGACAAGGAUGUCGUAAUUCUCUCCUUGGUUCGGAGUAACGAGAGCUGCAGCAUCGGUGAACUCUUGAAGGAUUGGCGACGUAUCAACGUUGCAUUCACUCGCGCCAAAACCAAGCUGCUCGUAGUCGGAAGCAAGAGUACCUUGAAGGGUAGCGGAAAGGACGAGAUGCUCAGCAAGUUCAUCGGCCUCAUGGAAGAGAAGGAUUGGAUAUAUGACCUGCCGCCGGACGCAUUGGAUAGCCACUAUUUUGACGAUACGGCGACGCAGUUAACAGCCAGUGGUGUGUCUCCGAUGAAGGUGAAGAAGAACACCAGUCCGAGAAAGGGCGUCAGUCCAAGAAAGGCCCCAAAGCUAGCUAUGGGGAAAGAAAACCUUGGAACGGGGCCUAAGCGGGCGAGAAUUGGAGAUAAGGUACUUAUGAAGGAUAAAGUCAUUCUCAGGGAUAUACUUAACGAUAUGACGAACGGUGCUUAUUGA